GCAGGAUGGAAGUUGGGGGGAGAUAUGAGCUUAUUCAACAGGUAGAGGAGAGAGAAUGAGAUGUAGGAGGAACACAUUUCUUGUGUGCUGCUGCUCCACUUACAAGAAGAAGUGUUGUUACCCCAUAUAUGGGAAACUUCACUUCCCUGCAACAUUCUUAAUUCUUUUUGUUUUGUUUUAACACAUUCCAAAGCUGUGUACUUUAUUUACUUCCUCUUUUUUAUUUUCUUUCUCUCGCUUACCAUCUUCUCCUCUCACACAAGUUUGUCCUAGUCACUCCCUCCCCUCUCAUUUUCUCUCUCAUUUUAGAAGACAAGCUGUCAGGCCUUAUUCGGCACACUAAUCACUUUGUGCAGAUAACCUUUGCUCAGCUCACUGUCAUCGCCAAAAUGGCCCAGGCCUUGGUCAUGGAGGCUGAGGGGCCCGAGCGUAUCGAUAAUGUGAUGGUGGUGGUUCUAGAAAAUCUGAGAGAUGUUACUGAACAUCUGCGCAAUAUUCAUCGCAGACAUGCAGCCAACUGCAUAUCAAAGUAUACUCAGCACAUUAUCGCUGAGUUUGGGCGAGUCAUGCUUGACCUCACGGAUGCUGAUAUGGUGAUGUAUCCCUCAGAAAAUAAGGCGAAUGGAACCGUUGGCAACGUCGAUGCGAACAACUGUCGCGACGAAUGUGGGGAAAUUCUGAUGGAAGUCUGCGAGCCAGAUAAGAAGAGUCUGAUUGAUCGGGGUGUUUCCAAGCCUGCUCCUAUGCAGGGUAAACUGUGGUCAAAUAUCGCAGCCGCGGCUCCCCCCCCUCAGGCCGCCUGUCAAACUAAUGGACUCCACGGUAUGGCCCCACGGAAACCCAAGGGCAAUAUAAUCCCGCUGGUCCCUAUUUUCACUAUGGUGCCAGCCAUGCCGCGCCAAAUCAUGCCACCCUCAGCCACAAUGGGAGGAAUGGGAGGAGGGGGCGCGAGAGCCGGAAUCGUAACCGUCGAGGGCAAAUUUGCUCUUGAUAGCUUGAACAUGCUUACCGCGAGAAUCCGCGAAGGUGCGCUAUACAGUGUUGAGAUACACCAUCACACCGGGUUUGCGGAGAUCACAUUCCAAUAUGCAACGCACGCGAAAGAAUUUCUGGUCAAGGACAAGCACGCCACGGCGAGUACAGGCUAUGGCUGCUUUGGAAACGGCUUCAGGGUCAGACAUGAUAAAUAUAGGGAGCGGGCGUGGGAUGCGGAUUUGAAGAAGAUGUCGAAUGGGCUUCGGGAGCGACGUCGGUUGACGUUUUCUCGCACAAAACUGCUCAUGAGGCCCAAUUCGUUUCGGGUGAUGGAAGAAGAUCUCGAGAGGAUUGCUGGACCUGACGGGAUUGAUUUUGUGUGGAAGUUCAAUACGGGGAAUGUGACGGCUGUUUUCAAGAGUGUUAGAACAGCAAGACUUGUCCGAGUCAGUUUCCUGCAAAAGGCAUCUCGAUCCGAUAGCCAGUUUGCAGGUGUCAGCGUCGACUACUCAUCCGACCCAUGCGAGAAGCAACUGACAUUGACCCAAAACGGGGUGAGAUUUGGAUGAAAUAGAAGCCAACCUGGGAAUGCUUUGGAUUGGAACCCCCGGUUCCAUUUGAAAUGGCUCAUUAGAGCUGGGAGAUAUUAUUGGGAAGAAUUGGGAUUCCGUUUGUAAUAAGCAAAAUGAGUAUGAGUUUUUAUCUUGCGAAAAAAUUUCCAGUUUCCCUUUUCUCUUGUAUCUCAUCAGAUUCAUGUAAAUGGUUUAAACUUACUGCUAGAUAACCCAGAAUCUGAAUGAAUAUGAGUUUUGCAAAACGGAGA